AUGAAGAAAGAAGUUGAAACGAUUCGGAAGCUCCUGCAGGAUAAGAUCCCACUGAACAUAGUAACCCUAGAGGACGAAGGCAUCAUAAGAGAACUCUACGACCUGCACAGUCCUGAAAUAACAUUCAACCCAAUAUACGACAACUCCCGCAUAAACAUAUGCAUAUCCCACAGCAAAGAGGAGAUACUCGACCUCCUAAAGGACAAGCCGAACAUAAAAGAGCUGAUCCUCCACAACGAGUACUACCUUUACAGCGAGAUAAAAGUCCUUGCAAGCGGGAAAGUUCUUCUCCCCUCCUCCGACAGCCCGAGCGAGAUCACCCCCGCAGAAGAGCAGGCCAUAAAAGGAAAUCCAACCGUUCCCAUUGAGCUCCUGAAAGAGAACCUGAAAAGCCAGGGAAAACUUCCCGUUUCCCGGGCUAUCCGCAUAACGGGCAAAUACGAGGACGAGUAA